AUGUUUCCUGCUGUGGUUUCUAAUGGAAAGUAUAGGGAAUUUUAUGAGGCUUCUAAGAAAAAAAAUCCAAACCAAAAAAUGAGGAAGGAAAAUACGAUUCCAAGUAAAAAUGUUGAUGAGAAUAGCUCAGAAUCUGACAUCGAGGUUACCUAUAAUGAUAAAGAUCUUGAUCUAAGUGAACCAGAAAAUUAUAAGUUGCAGACUGGCCAACACGUUAUCAUUAGAUAUGAAGACAACUAUUACUCAGGAACGGAUUUAAAACAUGAUCUUGAAGGCGCUAAAAUUAAGACCAUGAUAAGUGCCGGAAUUGAGGCUUGGAAAUAG